AUGAGGAGAGUGAAGCUUCAGAUCAAGAGGAUUGAGAAUACGACUAAUAUACAAGUCACUUUCUCAAAAAGAAGAAGCGGACUUAUCAAGAAAGCCUAUGAACUCUCUGUUCUCUGUGAUGUUGAUGUAGCUCUCAUCAUGUUUUCUCCAUCUGGGAGACUCAGUCUCUUUUCUGGCAAUAAAAGCAUUGAAGAGAUUCUGGCACGCUAUGUUAAUCUUCCUGAGCAUGAACGGGGACGUUAUAAAGUCCCCAUAAUCAAGAGGAUCUUUGAAGGCGAUCUCUCUGAAGUCACGACAUUGCUUGAGGCUGAGUACCGAGAGCAGAUCCUUGAGGAAACUCUAAAACGUUUGCAUGUGCGCAAGGUAAUGAACUGUUUCCUCCUUCGCAUCCGAGAGGAGGAGCACUCCAGGAAAUAUAUGUAUGUCGUCUGA